AUGUUGAAAAUGGAUGAUCACAUAACCGAAAUCCUCGGCAAGUUGGGCUGGGGUGAUGGUACUCGCAUUCCUGCCGCAGAUGCUGCCAACAGAGAAUUGGAGGAAAAGUUGGUUAAAGCAAAUGCUGCCAAAGUCGCUGCUGCUACCAAAUCGGCGAAAGCCGGAGAACGUCUGGCAGAAUUAGAGAAGCAUCUUUCGCGUACCAAGGCUAGGCAAACGGAAGUACAAAAAUUACUUACUGCACACAAAGAACAACUUAUAGCCGAACAAGGAUUGUACAAAUAUUGCGAGGCUGAUGAAUGUAGACUGAGAGCAGAUAUAAGGAAAUCAGAAAAGCAGAAAAAUGAUACCGAAGAACUAAACUCUCGGAUGCAAAAUGAUCUGGUUAGAGUUGCAAAGCGUUUGGAAACACUUAAGGAAAGCGUAUCUUGGAACAAAGAUGCCUUGAAAGAUUGGGAGGAGUUCUUGGCUCGAGGCGAGGAAACUAACACACUUAUUCAAACAUAUUCAUUUCAAGAUGCAGCUAAAUUCAAGGAAAUGGACAACCAGCGCGCCAAACUGCGGUUGGAAGUAGACAAGUUACGCAAAGAAGCAGUUACAAAAUCAGGUGAGGUACAAAUUGCUGAACAAAGCUUGGAAAAGGUUGGCCAAAUGUAUCGGAAUGGUCAUAUUGAAAGACAGAAACUGGUAGCGCAGUGGACGGAAAGUGUAAACCAACUUCAAAAUAGAGAUAAGCAGAUAGAAAAUAUUUCAAAAGAUAUAGAAUUGUUGGUAAAACAAGAGCAACAAAGGUCUAGUGAAAUAGAAGAAGCAGAGUUGAUGGUAAAAAAUAUGCAAUCCAAUAACCGUGAGCUACAUACAAAAAUUGCUAGUUCUCAAGUUCAAAAUCAAAGAUUUAGGGACCAAUUAACAAAUUUGAUGAAAACAUUAGAAACAAGAGCUAGUGAUAUACCAAGUGCUAAAAGCAUUUUAUCUACACUGUCUACAAAAUUAACUCAAAAACGUCAAGAAAUGGCAUCUGCUGUAAAAUCUGUAGAAGAAAAACGUCAAAAAAUAUCCGAAUGGAAUGAUACUAUAGAAGAAUGGAAGUCUAAGCUUCAGGAAGUAGUUGAUAGAUGUUCUAACGCAACAGAUAGAGCAAGGCAACUUGAAGAUUUAUUGCAGAAUGAAGAAAAGCAAAUUCAAAAACAAGAAACUGAAAUAGAACGAUUGCAACAACUAUGUUAUAGGCAAAAUCCUUUACUGCAACAAUUGAAAGAUGAGGAGAAGAAUAUUAGGUCAGAAAUCGCUUCCCUUGAAAAUACUUAUGGAAUGAUAAAAAAAAUUAUUAUCAAAGCAGAACAAGAACGGCAGAAAUCUAAGGAAGAACUUUACGCACUCGAUUUUCAAAUUGAAAGUUUGGAAUCAAGAAUAUCAAAGAAAAGUGGCGAGCAUGAUGAUCCAGAUGAAAAUUAUGAAAUUUUGGAAAAAAUUAAAGAACUAGAAUCAACCCUAGCAGAUCGCUCAGAAAUUUUAAAAAACAUGGAAACACAAAUAGCACAAAUUGAAAAUGAAAUGAGACGACUUGGAAGGCUUAUGGAAGUAGAUAACAAAGAAUUAGGAAAAUUGCAAGUAACAAUGGCCGAUAAACGAUUGUACUUUGAAUCAGGGAAAAGAUUGCUAAAAAAAUUAAAGAGUGUCAUACCUGAGCGGCAAGUUGAAGAAAAUGUUCUCCGAUUAAAAGUCGCUCAUGUGGAGAAAGCUCUAGCCAUGGAAGGUGAAAAUAUUUACACACUAGAAAAACACAGAAUAGAAAUGGAAGCAGCAAUGAAGGAAAGGGCUGUGGAAGUUGAAGUCCAAACAGAUAUGCUCACUGCGAAAAAGAGAGCGUUACUAGAAGAAAAAUCCCGGUUAAGACAGGAUAUUGCCGAAAGAGACACUCGUAUAAGAACUUUACAAUCAAAACACUCUUUGGUAACAUCACAAUUAGGAACGGCUGAAGAUGGAACCAAUCUUACCGUCACGCAAUUAAAAAUCAGGGAUGCCCAAGAAAAGUUCAUUUUGCAACAAGAAGGUGAUCGUUUGGAUGCAACUGUUCGAAGAGCCCAACGAGAUAUUGCAUCAUUGGAAAAUACAUUAAAAGUUUUGCAUGCGAGUAAUAAAGCAUACAAAAGAUCUUUAGAAAAUGUGGAAGACGGAGGCGAAGAAGUGGUGGAAUUGCGUCAUUAUGAAGCUAAAUAUUACCAGCUACAACAACAAUUAAGCAAUGCUAAAAGAAUACUAGAAGAUAAAGAACUUUUAGCUCAGCAAAUGGGAGAAGAAAUGCGUGAAUUACAGAACCGCCAAACCGAAGCAAAAAAUCUAAGACAAGACAAAUUAGACAUGCUAUCAAAUUUGAAUAAAGAAAUAACAGAACAGAAAAAUAAAAUGACGAGAGCUGAUGAUUCUCUGAAACGAAAUCUGAAGGAAGCUAGGCAGCGUGUUACAAAUCCUGAUAUGCUCCGAGUAUAUGAAAUAGAUAUACUGACUAGAGAACUAAAGGAACAAAAUCAAAGUGCCAUGACUCAAUUGUCUCAAAUGUCACAUUCUUCAUUCGAGACCCAUCCUGAAUUGUCUGAACAAGUUACAAAAAUUUGUGAAGAAAAAAAUAUUUCUUUGCCAAGCUCGGAUGAAAUUAAACUUAGACUGCGAAGAAAAACCAGUUUCACUGAAAGGAGUAGAGAUACGGUAUCAGUAUGCAGCAGCGUGUCUACAAUUUACACCACCCACGAUUUGGGAGAUUCUGCAAGUGAUAUAUCUAUAUCAAGUCGGUCACAAGAUAGUCGUCGGGAUUCACGGAAAAGUAGCGCAGCAAGUUCAGUAUGUCGUUCAGUACAAGGAAUUGUUCAUACACCUUCUUCUCCAAAUAUCGUAACUUUAGAUUUGGAGCAAAGUAAAUACGCAUCAGCUAAAAGCCACCGUUCCUUACCACAAUCAGCAGAAUCUAUAGCAGGUGCUAGAAAAAGUAGAUCCAGCGUAAUAAGCAGACGUUCUGUUAGAAUUGAUUCUCAAACAUCUAUUAUGAAAAAGAGCAAUCUAAAGAAAAGUAUUUGA